UUCGGUCAAAAGUAUGUAAAUUUAGUUCUCCGUGCAUGUUUUGUUGGCUCUCUCGCCGUCUUGUCAAUCGACUUGUUUAUUUUGUUUAUUUUACUGGAUUUUUGUGAUACAUUUUCCGUUAAAAUUGUAAUAAUUUGGUGUUAUUCAAACAAAGCCUUGCCGGAAAUUUGAAAGUCAGUUUGAAAGACAAAAAUAAAACAUGGAAGCGAACGGCGGACUCCGCUGUCGUAAAAUUCGCAUCCUCCGGAAAGCGCUCAAGUUGCUGAAGCAGUGCAAGGUGCCUCAUUUCUGUCCUACUUCCACCACCGUGUUCGAUCAAAUGCAGUUGGACUGGUCCGAGCAAUUGGUCCGUCCCCUACCGCGUAUGGUGGAUUAUUUCCACCGGCACCGACAUACAAUUUUCCGCGAGCAGCUGGGUCAGGUGAUCUGGGAGGUUCGGAAGUAUUUCGUGUUGGUUUACUUUGAACACACAGGAACCUCGUACGAGCGAGCGGACUAUCAGCUGAACGAUGACGACAUAUCCGAUGUGGAAGAGCGGCUGGACGAAUUGGAACCGGAAAUUUUUCGAAUCCUGACUCUGGAGGUGAAUGCGGUGGUGCAGAACUGGUUGUUCCAUUACUAUGGAACCGAGCUGGCCAUGGCAGGGUGGCAGUGCCGUCCAGGGGAAACCUUCGGCUUCAGUCGGUUGUGUCAUUACCUGUUGGAGCGGAAUUGUGGCGCUUCCGUGUGCUUCGGUUCGCGGAUGUUGGCUUUUGCGGAGAAUUUGGCGAAGGAAUUGCUGGGCUACAGGGCUUAUUUCUAUUACCAGACGCUGGGACUUGCACUUUUGGAGAAACUUAUGAAAGCCAACUACUUGGCCGGGAAUUCUACCAACAACGCUGAGGAUAUUUUGGUAUUGGCUUUGCGAUUGAUUCUCAAGGAACUCACCCUGGAUUAUUGUGAUUUGUGGGAAGUGGUCUAUUAUGCCGUCAAAUCUAUUUCUUAUAAAAUUCCGUCUUUGGAUGAUGAGAUCAUGCGGAUUUUGGUUUCAUCCCUGAUUGAGGAUGGGGAUUUCGAUUAUGUUCACGUAAAUGCCACAAUACGUAUGCUACUGCUAGACCUUCCGGAAGCCCGAAUCGAAGGAGUGCAAACGCUCAGCAUAUCCGGUCGGAAAUGCGAGAUGAAAGAAUUUGGCGAACAUGUGCUGAACCGACUCCAUAACGAAAUCAAUCCAAAAAAUCUUCGAAUUUCAACCCGGUGGCGACUCCAGAUAGGACGACUGAUACCAAACCUGCUUAAAAAAGUGAUUGAAGACUCUUCGCGGUGGAAUUUGGACUACCAGCUGAGAUUUCUGAACCUACUGCUGCGGCUGACUCUGUUUCCGAUCGAAAAACCUAGGCGCCACGUGCGAGCUCGCCUUCAACUGUACUGCUGCCUGCUGAAUCAAAUUUUCACACCGUUCGAUAAGCUGCUCAAAACACUGGAGCGACGUUCAGUGCUGGAAGCGGACGCUUUACGCGAAGAGAUACGCGCCGAGGGUACAUCCUACCUUUCCAUGCAACUGGUGCGGCAUCGGGAACUCAGUAAUAUAAUCCUAACCGUCCACACUGCGAUCACUGAGAUGACGCGAAAGUUCCUUUCGACGCAAUGUCAUCCCACGCCGGAGCACCACAAACGGUUUUGGCAGAGACACAAGACAGCAAUCUACGAUUUGAUUAUGCGAUUCCAGGGACUUUUUCUGAUAAUGCAACAGUUGCAUGUGGCCCUGGAGGAUUUUUCCCUGAAGUUGGCCUCACUAGUGGAACCGAGCGAGUUGCAAAAUAUCCUGCAAAAUGAACACCACUGCGGAUGUUGAUUGGUAAGUGAUUCUAUGUUACAUUUUCGUUACAUUUAAUUUAUAAGAAGUAUUUUCUUUUCUUCGAAUUUAACGAAGAAGAGCAUAAGUUGAUGUCUGUUCGGUGGAACAGCGGUUGCUCUUAUAUAUGUAGUCGAAAAGAUCAUUCGAAUAAUACUAAAUGAUAAAAGUACCUAUAAUCUAUUACUUUAUUAUUAUUAUUAUUAGUUCCUUGAUAUGUACGGUAUUUUCGGCAAAACAAACAAUAAACUGACAAAAAACUUCAAAUGAUGAAAUUCAAUUUUAUCU